AUUGAUGUAUGUACUCGUAUAAUUUCAGUUUUGAUAUGAAAAUGAAUAUGACGUUCAUGGUUCUGCUAAACUUUCUUCGCGUCAAUACUCAAAUGACAGGUCUCGUGGCAUCAUCAAAAAACUUCCUUUCAACAUCCAGCAACACGUCUUCGUCACAUAUACUUCGAAACAAACACCUCAAAGGAAGUAAAUUGAAAAACGCCACGAUUCUUUCACCAGCAAAAUCAAAAUCCACUCUCGUCCAUAAUCCAACCCUCGAAUCAGGGAAUUGGUCCAGCAUAGAGCUGUAUUCAUUCGACCAACACAUCAUCCUUUCAACAAUCUCAAAUUACAUCGAAAAAUGGCUCCUCGACGAAGCAGUGCCCAACAUCUCGCUAUCAACUAACAGCCAAAUUCGCAAUUCGGUAAAACCCAGCAAGGAAGAUCCGUCUGAACCGUUCAAACGAUCCAUACAAGUACCUGUACUCAGUGACGUAAGAUUUUUUCAAUCAUGGAGGGAAGAGGAGGAGGAAACAGGAACCGAGAAGAUAGAUAAUGGAAAUUUCACGCUUACAAACAGCACAUCUUCUGAGUCUGAUGAAUACGAUCUAUAUACGAGUACGAGUAUAUCGAAUAGCGUGAAUGGAGAUCGAUUAGACAGCAAGACGAGCAGGAGCACGACACAUGCGUCGCGAAUGAAAGCAAUCUUGGUCAAAGAUACCAGGUACAGGUCGUUGAUGAAAAAAUGGAUUACGAAUCGUCGUCACGGACGUGCUCGAGGCGAUUUUUCCCAAAUUCAUUCCAACUCUGGCGAUAAUUCUACUCGAUCAAACGUCUCUUACUCGACAAAUCCUCCUCCAAUCAGCAAUUCCACCUCAGACGAGGAACCCUGCAUACGUGAAAAUAAAACCAAUACAUCUUGUAACAACAACAACUCAUCGAGCACUGCGAAUGAUAAAUCAACCGGCGACGACGAUGAUCCAGAAGCCAGAUUUUACGAUCCAUUAAUGCCAUACCCCGAAGAAUACCCAGAAGAAUAUCAAACCAUACAAAACGGUCCCGCAUUGAUUAUCAGUCGAACGACGUAUACGAGGAUACCUAACGUAACCUAUACCACCAUAACUAUGGUCACAUUGCCUACUUACAGGCUGGUGGAAAAAGCAGAAAAUGCUUUCGCCGCUACCUUAUUCGAAGAAAGAUCGUCGAAAUCUUCGAAGUAUUUGCACUCGAACGCUGGUUGCGAUACCGAACAUCAUUCUUCGACUGAGACGGAUUUCUUACAACAUUCUAGACGAUAAAUUACACCCAGGAAUAUGUUACGACUUACGAGUGACAUCAGCGAUCGAUCGUGCGUUGAUUUAUUGGGCCAUUUAUUUUAAUAUACGUAUAAUUUACGAGUAAAUAAACGUAAAUAAAAUUGUG